AUGGGUGCCGACGACUACAACCCGCCGCCGACGGACAUCAUCACGCUCACGCGCCACGUGCUCGGCGAGGGCUUCUCUCGCGCACAGAGCAACGGCUCGAGCGGCGACCUCACCAUUCUGCUCAGCUCGCUGCAGACAACAUGCAAGUUCAUUGAGAGCAUGGUGCGCAAGGCCAGCCUGAUCAACCUGAUCGGCCUGGCUGGCGAGCAGAACGUGCAGGGCGAGGACCAGAAGAAGCUGGACGUGCUCUCCAACGAGAUCAUGAUCAACGCGCUGCGGGCGUCGGGCAAGACGGCCGUGCUCGUGUCCGAGGAGAACGACGACGCCAUCUUUGUCGAGGGCAGCGGCAAGUACUGCGUCGUGUUUGACCCGCUCGACGGCUCGAGCAACAUCGACGCCGGUGUCAACAUCGGCACGAUCUUCGGCAUCUACCUUGUCGAGGAGGGCAGCAAGGGCACGCUGCAGGACGUGCUGCGCCCGGGCACCGACAUGGUCGCCGCCGGCUACUGCAUGUACGGCUCCUCGGCCAACAUGGUGCUCACGACUGGCAACGGCGUGAACGGCUACACGCUCGACAACGCCAUCGGCGAGUUCAUCCUUACGCACCCCAACAUCACCCUGCCGCCGCGCGGCAAGAUCUACAGCAUCAACGAGGGCAACAGCGCAUACUACCACGAGCCCGUGCUCAAGUACCUCGACUCGAUCAAGUACCCCAAGGGCGAGGGCAAGAAGCCGUACUCGGCGCGCUACAUUGGCUCCAUGGUCGCAGACGUCCACCGCACGCUCCUCUACGGCGGCAUCUUCGGGUACCCCGAGGACAGCAAGAGCAAGAGCGGCAAGCUGCGCCUGCUGUACGAGGCUUUCCCGAUGGCGAUGCUGACGGAGCAGGCCGGCGGUGUUGCCACGACGGGUCGCGGCCGCAUUCUCGAGGUGCAGCCCAAGUCGAUCCACGAGCGCUGCCCCGUGUUCCUCGGCUCCAAGGACGACGUCAACGACCUUCUCUCCUUCUACAAGUAACCGUGACGUGGGCGCGAAGAGGGCGAGGCGUUCUCGGAUAUCACUGGGCUCCUCACAGCCGCUGCAAUGCUUCAUCGGCUGUGUGCAUAUUUCUCAUUGACGAGCGAUUUUUGGGCAGUAUACAUGAGCGAGCGCAGGCAGGGCGGGUAGUAAUGGAAGCGGGAUGGAGACGCGG